AUGUUAAAAAAUACAUUUAUUACUUUAAUCUUUACAAUUAUUUCAAUUUCAAUUUGUUUUGGUAGUCAAUUACCAACAAACUAUUAUUUCAAAGUUACCCAUGUUCCAAUUUAUUGUAUUACCACACCGUGCAGUCAAUACCGUGUCUAUAAGGUAAAUACUCAAGAUCCAGAGAUUGUUAUUGAAAAUUUCGUUUUCCCAAAUGGAGUUGAACAAAACUAUUUCUCACUUCAAGAAGCCAAUACUGCUAUCCUUUAUGGUACUAUCAUUGCAAACAGAAAUGGUUACAAUGUAAAUGAUUUUAAAGUAAAAAGAGUUUAUAAACAACUUCCACAAGGUAAUGCUUUAACAUCAACUGAUAAAUAUUAUAUGUUUGCUUCAUCAGGUAUUGUUUGCAUUACAACACCAUGCCCAUCAGUUUCAGCAAUUUUAUUAAAUAUUGAUAAUGCUGCAACCAAUGUUAAUGAUGUUAAGCAACCAUAUGAAAGUAAUGUACCACUUUUCGAUAGCAAUUGGUUAUUCCAAAAGCAAUUUGAGUCAGAAUCUAACAGAUUGAUUGGUGUUGGUACAAUUAAUAGUCAAGGUGAAGUGAUUGUUUCUUCUUCUUUUGUAAGAUUACCAGAUCCAAUUUCAAAUUGUCCAGCAUUACCAUUAUUAAAAUGUCAAGGUGGUCAUGUUACAGUUUACGAAAGAGAUUCAAAUCGUUGUUUAACAAAUCCACAAUGUUCAAAUGAUAAUGACACUCGUGCUUGUAUCCUUUCAAUUCCAACCUGCUCAACUGGUUAUGAUUUAGUAUCUUAUACUUCUAUUUCAACUUGUCCAGCAUACAACUGUGAUGCUUAUUUCUUAACAAAAACUUAUUGA